UUGUUGAAGUGGGCGCAGAAGCAGCCCCUCGGUCAAAAAGCACAAAACCAAGAGAUCAAGCAACACCCAACUCUGGCGGCAUAGAGCACCAACGUACGCCCGACAAUCCACCGUCGUGCAGCCCCAAGAUCGCAACCUCCAUAGUAUCAUGCCUCCCACGGUGAUUGCAACGGGCGACAAGGUAGACGAGAUCACCUCCGUAGUCCAGGGCUACUACGACUGCGACAACGUCUUCAACUUCUACCGGCAGGUGGGUACAACAAUGCUACCGUUGGGCGUCGGUGGUGCGCGCUUUCCGCAUCUUUACGGAUUGAUCAUCGGUAUUUUGCGCACCUUCAACCACAGCGGGUAGGAGGGUCGAGGCAGGGUAUUUUUUCAUUGCACACGGCACAUGACACUAAUGAGGGGCUUCUCCACAAGCUCUCCCGGCAAUUGUUGGCAUCAUUGACCCACAGCAGAGGACCCCCGAGGACCUUUGGUUGUGAGUUUGAGAACCAACCGACCAUCCUCGUCUCCGCGAUGAAGUUAAAUUCGUCCAUCUGCUGUCGCUCCGCAUCAAAGUAAGUGCGGACCACAACUCAGCGCCCACAUACAUGCGCACACGUCAAACGAUACGUGUAUUGCCUUCGGCGUCUGUGCUGUGUUUCUUUUUUUUCAUGUCUUCCCUGCCUACUCUGCUGUGAUGGGUACCUUCAUCUCGCUUUUGCUGUUGCUUUUGUUUUUGUGCUACAUCUGGCUGUCUGCCCAUCUGCCGCCUCUUUGUCCUGUUUGCUCCGUUACUCCCACACCCUGGUGCGUAGUGACUGGUGCUGGUACUUUUUUUAUUUUUAUCCGUUGAUAUUUUCUUUAGGCGGGUGUGGAAGGGAAGCGUCCUUUAUAUUUGUUUUGUUUUAGUCUAUGCAUACUUUGAUCGGUUUCCGAGGGCCUUUUCUCGAACGGUCGGUGUGGUACCUGUUCUUUCCUUUCCAUUAUUUUGUUUUCUUUCUCCGAGUGGUUUGUACCCUAUUUUUGUUUUCUUUCCCCGCGGCGUCAAUGUGCCGGGUUUGGAGACCACGGGCUCCCCAUUAUUGUGGACUAGUCUAGUCUAGACUAUGGAGCUAAUGUGAGAAACAACAACAAGAAACAGCAAAACAUGGCAGCAGGCUGGCGCCCCGGUGUAGCAAGGUCAUGUAGGAUCAUGGGUGCUAAUCAGGGCAUUGCUGUUGUUUGCAUAGCGGCCAAAUGGUCGGGUUGUACAUUGUGGUGCCGCGCGACCUACAUUAUCUCGACCUACAUUACCUGUGUUCAUUAAUUGUGGUCUAUAUACUCUCCCUUCUUCCCCUCGC